AUGAAAUAAAGAUAUAGCAUAUCUGAACCUCCUUGUAAUAAAUUGGAAUAAUUAAGAUAAAAGUUUCAAAAAUAAUUAACAAAAGUUAACUCAAAAGGAUAUAUUGGUUGCUGUUUAGGAAAAUUAAUAUAAAAUAAUAUUGGAUCAAGAAGUUCAUUCAUAAGGAAUUCAUACUUAGAAAAAUAAAAAUCUAGAAAUGCAUCUGAAGAUGAUGAAAGAAAUCUACUUAAGUCAAUUUAAUUUGAUGUAUAACAUGCAAUAAAAAGAUAUAAAUAAAGAAUAGAGCAAAUUGCAUAACUAUAAAUUGAAAGAAAUUCAAUGAAAUCAUGCAGUAAAGAAUUAGUUUAAUAUUUUACAACUCCUUAACAAGAUAAAUUUCUUGAAUCUGAUACAUAAGAAUAAACAAUUAGAUCUUUGUAUGAUAGCCAAAAAUCUAAAUAGUUUAUCAAUUUAAGUAAGGAUCAAAUAAAAUAGAGGAAGGAUAUUCUAACAAAUAAGAAAUCCGAUAAAACUUUCAAGAUUAUAUAAGCUAAAUAGAAAAAGUCUAGGCCAGUUAAAUCGAAAUUAAAUGAUUAAUCUUAAACAGUUAUAGGUGUAUUAAAAAAUUAGUCUUUGAAUAAAGAGAGAAUCCUUAGUUAAAAGUCUACAAGAUAACAAAGUGUUAAAGAAAUAUCAUUAAAUUUAGAGUAACAAAGAUUAACAGAUAGAUAAUCAAAAAGAUUCAAUACUUCAAGAUAAAGAAACUCUGCAUUGUCUAGCCAUUUUAAUCAAAAUAUUAAACCAACUUUAUGA